CCUCCGGUUUGGACCCUUAGCUCCGGCCCGUUGUGUUCCCUCUUAAAAAUUUUCUCGGCAAAGAAAACGCAAGAAAAAAUUCAAUGAGAAAAUCAAAUCUCAGUCAAAAUUAAAAUUAAAAAAAGCGAAAAAAAAAAACACCAAAAACCCUGAGGAAAACGUUUCGCAAUCCCGCGCAAUGUUGCUCUCCAAUUGAAACCCUCACUGUCUCACGAAUCUCAAAUCAAUACUUCUCGAAUUCUGAAUAUUAGAAAAUUCCCUAGAAUUACGAUUCUUUCAACGGGACCGAACUGUUGAUGGAGGAAGAUAAGCCUGGCGGCGGCGGCUAUGGAGUUGCCGGUGGCGAAUCGUCGUCGAAGCCGAUGUCUUCGUUUCUGAAAUCAGGAGACCGACAAGUGUUUGCGGUGGAGCUCCGACCCGGAGAGACCACGUAUGUAUCCUGGAAGAAGCUCGUGAAAGACGCUAACAAAGCCAAUAAUAUCGGAUCGUCAAAAUCAGUACCCGACCCGCAACCUGUACUUCGCCCCAACCUUGAGUCUCGCAUAGCUCCUGGACAAGCAGAGGAGGACAAAGGGAAAGAUGAGCCUGUUCCAAAUCGUUUCAGUGCUGUUAUUGAGAAGAUUGAACGUCUUUACAUGGGUAAGGAUAGUAGUGAUGAAGAACUAAAUGAUACUCCUGAUGAUGAUCAGUAUGAUACAGAAGACUCCUUUAUUGAUGAUGCUGAGCUGGAUGAAUAUUUUGAGGUUGAUAAUUCAGCAAUAAAACAUGAUGGAUUCUUUGUUAACAGAGGAAAGUUGGAGCGUGUCAGUGAACCUUCUGUCAUACCCAACCAGCAACCAAAGAAAAGGCAAAGAAAAGAUCUGUCCAAGGGUCUUGGUGAGAGUGACGAUGGUUAUGUGUCAAAUAAACAUGCAAAAGUGAAUAAAACAACUGCUGGGAAAAACUUUUCUGCUCAAAAUUUGGCUGUGACAAGUGAAAACUAUGGGGAUGCCAAAGGCCAGAAUCAGUUGAAUGUUUCUGUAAUUCCUUCCAAAAAGAAAAGUGCUGAUGCUAAAAUGACCUUGGAUCCUUCAUCUCUGAAAAUUUCAAAUGGCAGUGCUUCUGUUUCUCUGGCAGAAGCAAAAGAUACUGAAAGGCAGAAGACAGGAGUUAUUCCAGCAAAGAAUGUCAGUAGCAAAUUAAAAGAUGUCAGUGGACCUUCUGAUGUUUCGCAUCAGAAAUACAAUGAUCAUAGUGCUCAUUUACAAUCAAAAUCCCAAUCUGGAAAAUUAUUGCGUAAUGUUGAUGAGCCAGAACCAUCUGUUCGGCAAAGAGGAAAAAAUGGCAAUCAUGAACUGUCAACAUUUAAUGUUUCAGAGGGCAAGUAUCAAACAACAAAAGUUUCUCACAUUCACAAAAAGGAUGCCUCGAGUGCAAGGCCCAAAAGUUCAAUGCUUGAAAGGGCGAUCAGGGAGUUAGAGAAGAUGGUCGCAGAAUCGAGGCCACCUGCUAUGGAAAACCAAGAAGCUGAUACCUCAUCCCAAGCAAUUAAAAGAAGAUUACCUGGAGAAAUAAAGCUAAAGCUUGCCAAAGUUGCCAGACUAGCACAGGCAAGCCAAGGGAAGGUAUCCAAAGAGUUGAUUAAUCGCCUAAUGAGUAUCCUUGGACACUUAAUACAGCUCAGAACACUUAAGAGAAACUUAAAAAUCAUGAUUAGUAUGGGUUUGUUAGCAAAGCAGGAGAAAGAUGAUAGGUUUCAACAGAUAAAGAAGGAAGUUGUUGAGAUGAUAAAAGAGCGAGUCCUGUCUUUGGAGUCCAAGGCAUUUGAGCAUCAAGCUGGAUCUUCAGAUGAUUUUCAGGAAAUUGGUGAAGAGCAUGGAGUUCGUAAAAGGAAAUUUAGCAUGGAUACUGCCUUGGAGGACAAGAUUUGUGAUCUCUAUGACCUUUAUGUUGAUGGGCUGGAUGAAGAUGCAGGUCCACAAAUUAGAAAGCUCUAUGUGGAGCUUGCACAUUUGUGGCCAAAUGGUUUAAUGGACAACCAUGGGAUUAAACGCGCUAUUUGUAGAGCAAAGGAGAGAAGAAGGGAAAUGUACAACAGACACAGGGAUCGGGAGAAAAUUAAGAGGAAAAAAAUGUUGACACCUAAAACAGAGGUAGGCGUUCAAAUUGAGACGGGUGUGAUUGUGCAGCCACAGUAUACAAGAGAGAGAUUGGGCUCUGAUUCAGGUGGUCAUGGUCUAGCUGCAUCUGGCAAACCAAAUUCUAAUACAACAGCAGCUUCCAUGAGGACACCCAGUCCAUCAGCCAGUGGGGACAGGCUAAAACAAGAGAAAUUGAAGGGAAGUUCAAGCAAUUCUAUGGAUGAAGUGAAAACGGCGGAUGGUAUGAUGACAAGUAUAAAGAAAAAGGUAAAGAGGAAGGCAGAACUGGAUUUGGAUGGCACACCAGUGCACCCGGAAAAAUUACCUGUCCAACAAAGCGAUGAAAGACACAAGUCGCAAAAACUGUCUGCAGGUCUUCCCCAGAAAACAAACCUGCAGUCAACUGCACCAAAUUUCGAACAGUCAAGCUGACAUAGUUUAGGAAAUUCACACCACAAAUUGUGUAACAGGCUUUUCUUCCUUUUUCUACGGGUUCUUCAUUCCGGCCAACCAUUGUUGCCAUUAUCAGUUACCAUUUUUGUAAUUAAAUGAUGCCGCAUGGCACCAUCUUCAUUAGAGGUACAGUGUAAUAGGAGAAACUAGAAAGCUUUAGUUUGUGUAUCAUCAUCACCAUGGCUUGAAACCAAAACAUCAGCAUUAUUUAUUUUUCUAGCCUUUGGUGGUAAAUUAAUGUGGCGCUUUUUCCUGAA